AUUGUAAAUACAAGAAAAUUUGCCUGUCUACAGAGAGAGACAGAGAGACAGAGAGACAGAGAGCACCAUAGAUGGUAAAGCUGUGAUGUAAAGUCUCUUCUUUGUGGUUUGAUUUCAGUGUUUCAGAUAUAAAAUGGUUCAGUUGCUUCUGUCUGAACCAAGCUGGAGCGAUGGUGGAGAUGAAGACUCUGUCAAGCUUAGAAUUUCUCUCUUAAAUAAGUUGGAAUCAAUUAUCUGUUCAUUGAUUUCAUCAAGAGCUCGGUCUGAGGCUCGAGUAUGGCUUUGCAAUGCUAUGGCGGGCAUAAGAUCUAUCAUGCCCCGCCAUCAGCGUGACUUAUUUGUUGACCUAUUUAGGUCUAAGCCAUGGAAGCGUGGCCUAGCUGCUCAACUGUGGCGGAUGAUUUUUGAGAAGAUGCCACACAAAGCAGGGAAAAUUAUAGCCAAGAAAAGUUAUAUGCUUGAGAAUUUCUUUAAAGGAAAUCCAACACGUAUAAUGCAUUGGUUUUCUAAUUUUUCGACUGGUGGUGGAUUGGAGACUAGAAAAGGUGCUAAGGCAUUAUCCCAAUUUGCCUUUGUGAAUCGGGACAUUUGUUGGGAGGAACUUGAAUGGCAAGGAAAACAUGGGCAAUCACCUGCAAUGGUUGCAACAAAACCGCAUUACUUUCUUGAUUUGGAUGUCCAGAGGACAGUGGAAAAUUUCCUUGAAUAUGUGCCUGAAUUUUGGUCCUCCGAUGAGUUUGCUGAGUCACUUAAAGAUGGCGAGAUUUGUUCUAUUGAUAGAAAGUUCUUUGUAGAUGUUUUUGUUGAUCUGAUGUAUAAAGAGGAUUCAAGAAGUGUGUGGGAAGCAAUAGACGAGUUCCUAAUGGAGGAAUCUUUCUCUUCUCUCUGUCAACACCUUCUUAUUGUUAUUGAAGAGCCAGACUUCUGCCUUUUCCUGGAAUUGAUUCAUAAAUAUAUCAACCCAAAAAUGGAACAUAAGGAUUUUGGACGUUCAUCCUGUUGGCUUGAGAUUAUACUUUCUAAGUGCAGUCAUUUUGAGUCUAUUGAUCACAUACUUCUGUUAAAUGCUGUUAUUAAUCAAGGACGCCAGCUCCUACGGCUUGUACAUGAUGAAGAUACACAAGAGGAACAAGCAAAAAUAAAGGAUGUUGUGUUGCAAAUUUGCACAAUCUCAAGCAAUGCCAAUGGCUUGGCCCCAAUCUUGAAAUGCUUCAAGACAAAGACCACAGAAGUCAUAAAAUGGUUGGGUCUUCAGUCUUGGGUUCUCCAUUAUAGAUUGUCAGAGGAAUGCUUGACACCUGAGUCCUGGGAAUCUUUAUUCCUAAAUAAUGGUAUAAGUUUUCACAAAUCGGAUAAAUAUGCAUUGCUACAUGAUGAUGGAUUUGCAGAAGAAAAUGGGUCAGAUUUGGAUGAUAGGACCUCAAUCAGAGCUAGACGCAAGAAGAAAGAAAAAAGUAGAAAGAAAAGGAAGAAGAACUUUGACCAUGAUGACAUCUACGAGAAUGAGCUGUUGGAUUUUGGUACAUCCAGUGAUAGGCUGGGUUUGGGAUCUCAUACUGGAAGUUGGUUACUCAGUACUGAUGGGUACUCCACUUCAUGGAGCAGUGUGGAUUUACCAGAACACCUAUCUAAGCAUUGCUUUUCUACAUGGAUGAGUUGGAUAUUUACCAAGGCUAGCUCUGUGGCUUAGAUCUCUUGACAUGGUUUUGUGAUCUAAACUCUCAAUGGUAUGCAGCAGUGGUCUGGUUUCACCUUUGGAGAGGGUCGUCGGUGCUCGUGGAGAUCCUCAAAGGCUUUAACAUUAAGUACAUUCCUUUGGAGGAAUAAAAAAAGUAUGCCUUUCUAUUAAGGAAGUCUUCAGAUUGCUGUGUAUAAUCUCACUGAUGACUUUGGAGGUAUUGUGGAUGGUGUGGUACUUGUCAAAUGGUACGUGCAGGUUUUGAAUUACAAUUUCAUCUUGAGCUUCAUGAGUCUAAGAGAAAAGGUCCACUGAAUGAAAAUUGACAUGGUCCUGCAGGCUGAUGCUCAUUAAGAUUCCAUGGCUUCAAUCCAGCUGCAGUGAUCAGUUUUUCCCAUUCCCAUUUGUGUCAUGCAGUGCUUAGUUUUUUCAUCAUAACAAGAAUGCUUAAAGUGGCUGUGUCUUGGGCUUUAAAGUGGCCAAAUAUGCAGCUGAGAAUUUUCAACCCUCUCUUUUGGUGGGGUGGUUGGGAGGUUGCUUUGUCUAGGUAAAAUGAUGGCAAAGCAUUGAAACAGAGAAUUUUUCUCCUAUUCAUUUUAAAAUUAUGUGUUUCAUUUAAAUUGUGCCUGGUUGCAGGACAAUGUAAUGGUAGAUGGAAGUCUCCAUUGGCGAGACUCAAAAUAUAAUUGGCAGAAGCUGGAACAAUUGAGCAUCCAGAUUCCAGACAUAUUAUGAAGCUUGACGUGGGGAGCAUCUUUGCAGGAAGCUAUGCCUGAGAGCCGGUGAUGAACUUCUAUGGUAGUUGGGGUACCUGUAUUCAUUGUGUUCAAGUUUUGGUACCAUGCCACACUAUAAGGAUAUGGCAGAUAACUGUACUCCUUCCUUGUUGGGCAAGCUUAUUUGAGGAUGAAUUUUGAUCUUGUAAAUUUGUGAACAUCAUUAUGGGCACUAUUAUUGAUCAACCAUAACUCGGCCCAAGUGGGAAAACCAUUUCCAAAUUUUGAAAUGAAUAGAAACCUGUUUUCAAUUA